AUGCGUCUUCUCGCCCAAAUAGUCCUCUUUGCCAGCUCGGCAAUCCUCGCCGCCGGCUGGCGGCGCUCAGCCAACCCUCCUCUCAACGGGACCUUCGCCGAUGUCUGUGGCUACGGUGGUGGCCGCCUGACUGAAGGUCGCUGGCUCGGAGCCUAUUGUCGCAACAAUCAAGUCGAGGUGUACAAUUACACCUACACUUGGAUCGAUCUGAAUCUUUGCGUGGCCAAUAACGACGGGCAACUCAUUGCCUAUAACAACGGGAACUACACCUCUAGCUGCGGCAACUGCACGGUCUUCGUCCAGAGCAAGACGCUGUUCCUGAACUGCAUCUGCUGGAACUCCGCCAAGCACUAUACGAACUCCUCCCUCGACCUCAGUAACUACCAACCCCCGUCCUUGUCUUCUUUGAUUCCAGGACGAUAG